AAUAACUUCCAAAUAACUCUCACAACCCUAAAUAUUCCAAAUAAUUCCAACAAGGCAACAACCCUAAAUGAUUAACUUAACAAAAAUAACUUCCUUUAAAAAAAAUCUAUAAAAUUUCCGUUUAUGUAACUUUCACUUACACUAAUUUUUUUCCUAAACAUACAUACUCGUAUAUCUCAUGGAUUAGCAUAGAUACAUUCUAGUUUCGGCCCAAUGGCAAUAACUAGGUGACUCACUCAAUUCCCGCCUUUUCUCAUCAAUUCGUGGAUUUCGUGUCAUUCAGUAUGCAAACCAACUGCUCAUUUGUUACCUCUCCAAUUUCCAAACCAAAAAAAAAAAAAAAUCUUUGAAUUCCUUCUGAAAAAAUCCAAUCCAAAUUUCGUGAAAAAUGUCAAGGAAGAUAGCAAAAUCAGCAAGCAUGUCCUCCGAUAAUCUCACGAAGAACAACUCCGACGAAACCCUAACUCUCGUAGAACAUCUGAUUAUGGAGGAAAUUCUUCCUCGAUUACCGGUAAAAUCCCUAAUUCGCUUCAAAUUAGUUUCAAAGAAAUGGAAUUCUACUAUUUCUAGCCUUCAAUUUGCUAAAUUACACCUUAAUUUCUCAUCUCAAAUCAACCGCUACUUUAUCAUGCUUCCUUACAAUGAUCAAUUUUGUUCUACACAACAAUGCGGCACCUACUGCCUGUUACCUGAGCGUGAUAGCAGUGAUGUCAAAGACUUAGUGAGUUUCGAGGAUGGUGUCUGGGAUGUUGGCUGGCAUCAUAUGGUGGACUCCAGUAAUGGUCUUGUGUGUCUGUAUCAACGAGACGAUGAUGAGGAUGACAGACAUUGCUUUUUUACGAUAUGGAACCUGGCUACGCGUCAGUGCCGGGACAUAGAUAGCCCCAAGGGCGUCCAUGUUUCGGUGGCUCAUGGGUUUGGUUAUGUGUCGUCGCUUGAUGAUUAUGUCAUUGUUGCUUCCUUUGGGUGUGGAACCGUUGAUUUUAGUAGGUUUCGCGGUUUUUAUAUGUUUUCACUUAAAGCUGGACAAUGGAAACGAGUGAUAGGUAGUUAUGCAUACCUUCAGGUGAAUCGGUGGUGUUGGAAGUGGAAAAGAGUAAGAGCUGGUAUGGAGGAGGAGUCGAUUGCAAGAAGAUUGCGUGACCAGGCUGUCUUGGUUGGUGAUGUUAUGUAUUGGGCUCCUGCUUUUUCUUUUAAUGGUGAAAUUGCUGGUUUUGAUGUUGUGACCGAAAAUCUGGUGAAGUACCCUGUGUUGGAUUGGCAGAGUGGUUACCAUGAGCUGGGAUUGUAUCAAGUGAAUGGAUGUUUAUCUUUGAGUGGUAGCAAGAAAGAAGAUGUGACUGAUUUUUGGAUGUUGAAGGACCCUAAUGAUUGGAGUUCUUGGCAGAAGAUUUUGUCUGUUGAUCUCACAAACAUCUCUUUGAUUACUUUUUCUGAGACGGGGAAGUUUUUGGUGCGAAAAUCGAAUGAGUUCAAACUGGUUGAACCUUGUAAGGAAUCUCUAGAAUGUUUCAAAGGGAAGCAUACCAAUUAUGCUCAUAUGGUGAUGACUAGGGAUUAUGUUGAGAGUCUCAUUUCACCCUUUGGAGCAACUGAAGCCGAUCAAGGGAUAGAUAACAGUGAGGAUAACAAGCAUCUUUCCGCAGAGAGCAUGCAUCUAGAGAACAAGCGGCCUUCUUUGUCUCACAAAUCAGAGAACAAUUCUAGCAUUGGAAGCAAUGACUUCUGUGGACAGAGUAAUGUUAGUUCUGGAGGUAGUGAUGAUGACGAAGAUGAUGAAGAAGAUUAUGACGACAGUGAUGAUGAUGGAGGACUGUUUGGAGACUCUGAAAACCUAGAAGAUUGGGAUGAGGUAUAUAGUGAUUGGGAAUCUACCGAAGACGAUGAAGAUGAUGACGUCGAUGAUGAUGAAGAUGAUGACAUCAGUGAUGAUGAAGAUGAAGAUUAUAGCAACGAUGAGGACGAUGAAUGGUAGUAAUCGAAAUAGGAGACUUUAACAAUUAAUUGAUCACUAAGAUGAUGAAAACUAAUUGCCUUCAUUCAUGCUUGGGGAUCAGAGUAAAGACGAUGAUGUAGUUUCUACUUUAUGCACCCCCUUCCCUUUUUUCUUGUAGGCUGUAGUGCUGUACUUUCAUUUAUGCUGUGAAUUUUGAGUGAUACUUGUUAGGGCUGUAUGACUGUCCAUAUGGAAGUAGAUGGCACCUUCUCUUUCAUUGAGGGAUGAUAUGAUAAAAGUAGUAAUUGGUACUUGGCUGAAGUUUUUUUCUUCUUUUUCUGUGGUUUAUGUAGCAGGACAUUCUCUUGUUAGCCAUCUGUAAGGUGCAAGUACUAAUGCGCUUUAUUUCUUACUAUGAUGAUUGUUGUGUUUUGCGAGGAAUGUCAAGUAUGUGCAAACAUCUACUGAUUUUAUUGAAAGCAAAUCCCUAGCUUCAAUCCCAUUGUAACAAAUAAACCACUUCUCAUAUGCUGUGAAACUUAUAAAUAG